AUGGAGAAGUAUAUGGGAGCUGAAGGUCCCAAGAAUGUUAAACUGCUUAUGUGGAAAGUAGGUAAUGAGCUGCUAGCUUUUAAGAGGAACCUGUUUCAAAAGAAAAUCAUAGAAAAUCCUUAUUACCCUAUUUGUAAAAAGGAAGAGGAAACAACCAUGCAUGUGUUAUGGCAGUGCCCUAUAGCAAGUGAUGUAUGGUCAGAAUUCCAUAGUGUGGUGCAGAAGUGGAACAAGAAUGAAGAUGACUUGCUGUCUUUGUGGGAGAGAUUAAUGGAAAGGGUGAGUAAGGUUGAAAUGGAAGAGAUAGCUACUGUUAUGAGGAGCCUAUGGUUGAGAAGAAAUGAAUUCAUAUUUGAAGGGAAGUUCAAAAGUCCAAGUCAAGUGGUUAGGACAGCAAGGGAAGGGCUCAAUGAAUUCCGAAUGGCUCAACAAAAUGUAAAGGAAAGACAAGAUAGAAGUGAAGAAAGGAGGAAUCAGAAAUAG